AUGCCAGCUUUAGAUGUGAAUACCAUGGAAUGUGAUGAAGAUUAUAUUAUAUCGAGAGCCAAAGAGGCUCAGAAGUAUAAUAUUCAUUCUGCGAAGGCCUGGAUGAUAACCGCAAAAACAUUAUUUCCUACUAAUUUCAAGAUUCAGUUUGAAGCAUACUUAAUGGAAAAACAAUCUGGCAAUGUACAAGAAGCAGCGGAGUGUUUUAGUUCUUUAAUAGGAUCUAGACAAAACCUCCCAAAUUUGUUACCUGAAAUAUCUCUAAUAGCAAAUGCCCUGAAAACGAAUGAACCAUGCUUCUUAAGUCAAAUGUUUGAUAAAAUAUCUCCAGACAUUCAGUUGAUCAUACUAAAAACUAGUGUUGAAAACAGUGAUGAUACUAUGGAACAUUGUCGCUUAUUAUUACUUUUGCUAAAAAAAUUCCCACAACUUGGUGUUGAUAGCCUAGUUAAAACUCUAAUUAAUGCAGAGAAGUUUUUCUGUGAUAACAGAUAUGCUAGAUUACUUGUUGUUGAAACACUACCUCUCUUAAGUUCCUUGGAGUCACCUAGAUUAUUACAGCGACUAUUGGUUAAAGCUAUUGAUUUUUAUAACACUUAUGUGUAUGAAGAAAAUGAGCAUGAUAUAAGUGAUCCAUGGCAGAGGUUGUAUGGUGUAUUAGAUUUAUUGGGACGACAGUUAUCUUGGGAUACAUAUCUUGUUACUUAUAGUAACACUUUAAAUAAGGAAACUUAUUUUCAAAAACUUUUGACAUUACGAGGUGCUGAAGAUUGCAGGCAGUUGUUAUACUGUGGGCUGGUUUUUUUUCUGCGCUCUUUACAUGAACAGAAAUCAUUAAAAGGAAACCACAUUCUUAUUGAAUCUCUUGUAGAUCCUGAUUUGCCACCAUCAAAGAGGAGAAAAGGUGAAAUAGAAGUCACUGGCCUUUCAGCACAUCAAUUUCAAUCAGCUGCGAAUUGUUGGGAACUACUACAUAGCAAUGAUGUAAUAUCAAGAGAAUUUUCAAAGUUGACCUCUCAAUUGCAAACCAAGCCAUGGUUAGAUGGAUUCACAGAAGAAUUAGCUGUAUACAGAGGUCAAUAUGAUGAAGCUAUGCCACCAACUAAUAUAUCCAAUCUUACAUCUAAUAUUGUAAGGACAUCAAUUAACUACUCCCAAAAAAAUUAUAUACCAUGUGUUGAAAAUAUUUUGGCUAGUCUACCAUUACUGCCAUCUAUUGAAGGUGGUUUAGAACCUGAUUUGAUUGUUGGUGGAAAACAUAGACAUCUACAUUUUCUGCCUAUGACUAAAGUAGCAAUAAUGCACUACUUCUGUUCAUUACUUAUUAGAAUACUUCUUAAUACAGGGAAUACUGCCGACCUUACAUAUGGUCACAUGUUGGUUCUUAUGCAACUGGGAUGGCCCCAGGAAGAGUCAAUAUUUCUUCAUAUCUUAGAUAUCAUCAGGCAGAAAGGUGGUUUUCAUUAUCACCUUUUUUCAGCAUUUAUCAUUCACCUUGAUAUACUGGAGGAGUUUAGCUAUAUUUGGAAUGAACAGGGAAAAAAUGUUGUACUGGAUAUUCUCCCUAAUUCUCAACAACACUUGGGGCAGAGAAGAAUUGGAACUAGAGGGGCGGACAAGGGCGUAAAGGAAGAUUUCAAACAAGCUAUGAAAGCCCAAGUAGCAAGAGCAAAUGAGUCUAUAUUAAAUUUAAUGAUACAAUUUAUAACUUCGGAGCGAUCCUACUUAAUGCAAAUUUUGUAA